UGUUCUUUUUGGUCCAGUUUGGUCCAGUUUUAAGCCACACGUCUAGAAACCCCAUGUCACCACAGUGUUUCAUUUGCUCUCUGUUAUGCUGGAAGCUUCAGACUUCUCUGCAACACCCAGAAACAAGAAAAAGAGGCUGGAUAAAGGAGGAAGAAUAGGACAAUAAAUAGCAGAAGGAAAGGUUUCUGAGAAGGGUUUGAGAAAGUACUAAGCAGCAAGAAUCUUCCUCAUUUCUGUUUUCUUCCAAGAGAAUAUUAAAGAUGGCAUCCAUGUUUCGGAGUGAAGAGAUGUAUCUGAGGCAACUUUUUCUUCAGGUGGAAUCUGCCUAUUGCUGUGUUGCAGAACUUGGAGAGCUGGGUUUGGUCCAGUUCAGAGAUUUGAAUGCAAAUGUGAACAACUUUCAAAGAAGGUUUGUGAAUGAAGUAAGAAGAUGUGAAUCCUUAGAAAGGGUCCUUCGCUUUCUGGAAAGUGAGAUGGGUGAGGAGAUCCUGCCUGUCAUAUCCGGGAAAUAUCCAGAAACUCCGCCACCACGAGAAAUGAUUGACUUAGAGACCGUCUUGGAGAAACUGGAAGGUGAGUUGGAAGAAGCCAACCAGAACCUGCAGGCGCUGAAGCAGAACUUUCUAGAACUCACUGAACUCAAACAUCUCCUGAAGAAAACCCAAGACUUCUUUGAGACUGAAACUAAUUUGCCUGAUGAUUUCUUCAGUGAAGAUACUUCAGGACUGCUGGAAUUAAGAAGCACUCCUGCAGCAGUUGCUGCAAAACUGGGAUUCAUAGCUGGUGUGAUUAAAAGAGAGAGGCUGGUGCCUUUUGAACGUUUGUUGUGGAGAGCCUGCAGGGGAAACAUCUAUCUGAAGUUCAGUGAAAUGGAUACACCCUUGGAAGAUCCUAUCACUAAAGAAGAGAUGAAAAAGAAUGUGUUCAUCAUCUUCUACCAAGGGGAACAGCUCAGACAGAAAAUCAAGAAGAUUUGUGAUGGGUUCCGUGCCACUGUAUAUCCCUGUUCUGAGUCAGCUGGAGAACGCCGAGAAGUGGCUGCUGGUGUGAACACAAGGAUUGAAGAUCUCAACACAGUGAUCACCCAAACUGAGUCCCAUCGACAGGGGCUGUUGAAGGAAGCAUCUGCAAACCUGUGGGCCUGGGGAAUCAAAGUGAGGAAAAUGAAAGCCAUCUAUCACAUCUUGAAUUCUUGCAACAUUGAUGUCACCCAGCAGUGUGUCAUUGCAGAGAUCUGGUUCCCUGUGGUAGAUAUCCUUAGGAUAAAAAGAGCACUGAAUCAGGGAAUGGAACGAAGUGGUUCUACAAUCAGCCCCAUCCUGACUGCUAUACAGACCAAGCUGGAUCCUCCUACUUUUAACCGAACCAAUAAAUUCACUGCUGGAUUCCAGGCCAUUGUAGAUGCUUAUGGUGUUGGGAAUUAUAGGGAGAUUAACCCAGCCCCCUUCACUAUCAUUACCUUCCCUUUUUUGUUUGCGGUGAUGUUUGGCGAUUGUGGUCAUGGUGCAGUCAUGCUGGGUUUUGCUCUGUGGAUGAUCAGCAAUGAAAAGUCCUUUUUAGCUCAGAAAAGCAAGAACGAGAUCUGGAACAUCUUUUUCGGUGGACGCUACUUGAUCCUACUCAUGAGUAUCUUUUCCAUUUACACUGGCUUUAUUUACAACGAUUGCUUCUCCAAAUCUUUCAACAUAUUUGGAUCUUCCUGGCGUGUCCGACCCAUGUACAACAAUGGUGUAUGGACGGAUGAAAUUGUUCACGACAAUGGUUUUCUGCAGUUAAAUCCAAAAACAAGAGGUGUAUAUUCCGGAAACCCCUAUCCUUUUGGAAUUGAUCCGAUCUGGAAUAUUGCCAUCAAUAAGCUGACUUUCUUGAACUCGUACAAAAUGAAAAUGUCUGUCAUCAUAGGAAUCACACACAUGGUUUUUGGGGUGGUACUUAGUCUCUUCAACCAUAUUUAUUUCAAGCAAACUACCAACAUUGUCCUGCAGUUCAUUCCAGAGAUGAUCUUCAUAAUCUCCCUAUUUGGUUACCUCGUCUUCAUGAUUAUUUUCAAGUGGUGCCGAUUUAAUGUGAAUAAUGUCCAGAACGCUCCAAGCAUCCUCAUUCACUUUAUCAAUAUGUUUAUGUUUAGUUACGACGAUUCAACAAAUCGUCCUUUAUAUGAGCAUCAGCAAGAAGUUCAAACUUUCCUGGUCAUUUUCGCCUUGAUUGCCAUACCUUGGAUGCUUCUGAUUCAGCCUUUUAUUAUUCGAGCCAAGCAUCAGAAAGCUCAGGAUAAACUGGCUUCAUCAAGUCUCUCAGAAAGUCCUACUGGUGAUAUUGAAGUAGAGAUCAUGGACUCCAACCACUCUGAGAAAACAAACCAAGAAGUUGAUAGCAGUGGAGGACAUGGAGGACAUGACCAUGGAGAAUUCAACUUUGGAGACAUCUGUGUGCACCAGGCGAUCCACACCAUUGAAUAUUGCUUGGGUUGUAUUUCCAAUACAGCUUCCUAUCUCCGGCUUUGGGCACUUAGCCUGGCUCAUGCACAGCUCUCAGAGGUUCUUUGGACUUUGCUGUUUUCACAAGGCUUUAAAAUGACUGGCUGGAUAGGACUCAUUGGGAUUUUUGUCCUCUUUACUGUGUUUGCUGCUCUGACAAUAGCAAUUCUACUCAUCAUGGAAGGUCUUUCUGCCUUUCUGCAUGCACUCAGGCUUCAUUGGGUGGAAUUCCAGAACAAAUUCUAUUCUGGUUCUGGCUGUUCCUUUGCACCAUUCUCUUUCAAGACCAUAAUAGAAAGAAACGAAGAAUGACUCCUAUUAAUGAUGCUGAAAUCUGAAACUUCUGAGGUUUCUGCUAUUCUUUUUCUUGGUGAGCAUUUCCUUGAGAAUUAAGAGCCAGGAGGGAUACAGAACUUCCACACUAGGACUUUAGACACCAAACAUGUUGUCAGCAUAAUAAAAGCUCUGCCUAUUCUCCAGAUGUGUUAGGACUGUGACUCUUCUACUGCUUAGGAAUUCUGAAAAAUUUGCUUCUAGCACUUCUGGAAUGUACUAGGUUGGAAAAAGGCUGCUUUCUCUUUGCAAUCCAUUUAGAAAAAUAACCCCAUCAAACAAUUAGAGCAGUCUUUCUCAACCUUAGCAACUUUAAGAACGUGUGGACUUCCACUUGCAGAAUUCCCCAACCAGGAGUUGGGAGUUGAAGUUCACAUCUCUUAAAGUUGCUAAGGUGGAGAAACACUGACUCAGAGGUGUGUGUAAAAUCCAACCAUUUUGUCAAAAUAAUGAAGUAAGAAUUGUGAAAGUUGAUGGAAACUUCAUCUCUCCCAUUCAUGUAAACCACACCUUUUCUUUCACUAUUAUGUUUUGGAUGCAAAUGAAUUCACUGCAACUGUUUCUGAACUAGAAAUACCAUUUGACUCUGCUGGUGUACACUACCAUAUGAUUAGGUAUUCUUUCUUUUUUAAAAAAAAAUAGGAAAAUUAAAAAACAAAACAUAUCAAGUCUCGAUUCACAUAACAAUUGUCAGACAUUCCUCACUUAAUGAACCAUAAUUCUGAAAUUAUUGAUCUGUCUAAUGAAAUCUGAAUGGUAAAUAAGGCAUGAACCAGGAUUUUAUUAUCAUCAUAGGAAUGAAAUUCCAACGUUAACUUACCACUAUUAGAACUGCCAAAUCUGCUCUUGAUUUAUAUUUUACUUGUUGGUAAAGUUUGUUGAAACAGUCUCACAAUUGUGAUUGUACUAUCACAUAUUCAAACAGCAUGCUGAAACUCAAACAUGAAUAUAAAACCAAGGACAAAAACUGCCUAUUUGCUUCUCUCUCUCCAAUAUUACAUUAUGUAAAAUUUAAAUUCACAACCUAGUGUAAAAGAUAAAAUGUGUGGUUUUCCUAUUUCCUCCACUCAAGUGCUUGUUCUUGGAUUUAGUCACAAAACAAAAAUAAAUUUUUACAAUCAUC